AUGGCGGACUUGGUCGACCACCCAUCGAGCCGGUGGGAUCAGUCUGCUGCCGCCAAGACUGGUAGGGUUCACCCAUGUCCGCCACCCGACGACGGGGAGCUCAACAAUCUUGUCGACGGCACCGAGGAUGCAUCCGGCAAUCUUUCCGUCAACUUGCCUGCCGCAGCAUGCAAGUACACGCCGCCAGACGCUGCGACUUUGGGCAAGGGCGCCGCGCCAUCCAACGGCUUGACGACGACUGAGAAGCUCGAGGCGUAUGCUGGACUGGGCUAUGUCGGUCUGACGCUGGCGCUGACGAUCGCUUACUUGCACAUGCUGUCGCCCGUCAUGGCCAACGACUUGUGGUGGGCGGGAUUCAAUUCAACGGGGGCGCAGUCGUACAUCAUCGACGUCGUGAACGGAGAGCUCAACAUUGUCGCGAACCGUUCGCUGGACCUGACGUCCACAACAACUGGCCUCCCCUACGACUACUCGACGUUCUACUCGCCGAUUCGGAUCGCACCCACGUACCCGCGGACCGUGCUCGAUCAAGAAUACCACAACCUGACCACGGUACUCACGUCCCUCCAAGAAAUUGCCGCCCCCGACAUGAGCAUUCCGACGCAAUUUUGUUGGGUGGACUUUAACCGCACGUGGGAAAUGGCGCACACGAAAAUGCGUCAAAAGCGAUGCAUCGACCGGUACCGGGCGAACGCAGCAGUCUACUUUGAAUCGACGGCCAGGAUGAUCAACUGGAAGACGUGGAUGGCGGCAAAGGAAAGCGAGUUCAACAUCACGAUCGGGAACGCGUUGCGAAAGAGCGCCGCUGGCGACGCCUGGAUCAGCCGCACGGCGAACGCGUUCAAGGACGUGGCGUCCGAAGUCGCGGUGUGGGAGCGUGCAGGGCUGACGCACUAUACGCUCCAGUACAACAACAUCUUAUCGUGGGGCAUCCAAGAAAGGAUUCACAUCCAGAACGCGUUUGGCGGCAACCAGGCGAUUUCGAUCAAGAGCGUGCCGACCAAGUCGCGCGGGGCGCUGUGGACCACGAUCGUUAUGUGUUGGUUACCGUGGAACGAUAUCAACCUUGGCGCGUGGAUGGGGUAUAGCCUCGUGCGCAGCGACCCGGAUAACCAGCAGUUUACCCCACCGUGCAGCUACGACGAUUACCUGGCGAAUCCUGACACGUACGACUGCGACCCGUGCAAAGCCCCGUGGAAUCCGAUCCCGGGCGACUGCUGGCCAGACUUUGAGCUGUUCUACAACCUGCCAGACCUUCCAGGCGUCCAGAUGGUCAGUGCUGGCAUCGGACCGUUUGGCUCGAUCGACUUGUUUCUAGUGUUCGCGCCGCCAUCGCUCAUGACGCUCGCUUCCACAUAUCAAGCGCAGUUGUCCGUCAUGGCCCAAGCCAGCGACAGUUUCUACGGCGCUGUAAACGUCAUUCCCGAGUACAAAACCGAUCCUGUCCCGACUCCGUGGACCGCCGAGCCGUACUUGUACUUUGGUGGAGAUCCCACCUGCCCACUUCGAGACCCGAUGCCGUUUGUUCAGUCUUCCUUUGCCUACGACGUGUCCUGCACCAAGCAAGUGCGCCACACGAUGGUGCUGAAUGCGUUCAACUCGAUAUUUGCCCUGCUGGCGUCGAGCCCCGCGCCGUCCGCGGCAACGAUUUGCGCGCAGUGCCCAACCAUGGCCCACGAGUGCGCAGCGGUGGUGACGCCCGCGGCCACCGCGGCAAAGGCAUUCCGUGACGUGUACGCCAUGCACGACGAAUGGGUCGGUCAAAUCAACGCCGCACGCGACGACGUGGUCAAGCUGGGCGUGGGGACGAUGCAGCUCGCCAUCCAUGCCACGGACGAAACCAACGCAUUCUUGUUCCAAACGCUGCUCUCUUCAACUCCAAGUUCGUGGGACUUUUUUGGGUGGAUCUACUUGCUCGAGUGGGCCACCGGCGCACGCGAAGUCGUGUCGUUCGAAGGCGACUGGCGCAUCCUACCGCUUGUGUCGGACAAGUACGAUCCGAUCAUCAACGAAGCGCGAGCGUUGGAAGUCCCGAAGAGCGCGUGCCAGUACCUGUGGGUCGUGUCCGUCGUCGUCAGCGUCGUAUUGUUGUCGGUCGGCACCCUCGUGACUCUGUACAGCAUGUACCUGCGCGGUCGCAUCGUCGGGCGCAACCUGUUUCGAUUCAACCGUAUCGUUGGCGCCGUGUGGCUCGGUCGACCGUUCCUCUUGGUGCGUGGGAUGACGGCGGUCGUUGUCCUGAGCACGUCGCCGUUGAUCUUUCGCGUCCACAACGAGUACACGCAGUUUGAGUUUGCACCUCGGACGUUUGUCCAGAGCAUGUUGGUCAGCGGCGAAGCGAUGUGGAUUUCGUACGUCGUCAACGACUUUUUGCUGCUGCUGACGCGCAACUCGCAGCCGCACUUUGCUCCGAUCAGCACGUGCUUGGGGUGGCUCAUCUACCUCUUGUACGACGUGUCGAGUCCGUACAAAGUCGAGGCCAACAUCGACCGACAGUGCUUCGUCACGAUGCGCACCAGACAAAUUGUGUGCGAGAGCGGAUUCGUUGCGAUCGGCGACUACACUCGUGCGGUCACGUACGUCUUCAUUCAGUUGGCGUGCAUCGCAGGAGCGUUCGUCGCCGUCCGGCUCUGGCAGUGCAUCCGCCCUUCCCAGCCAAAGUCGUACAACGGCCACUUGUUGCUGUCGGGGACUGCGACCGCUUUCCUCCACAAGGAGACGCUCGCCAACGGGGCGUGGGUCGUUGAUCGAGCGUCGUGUGUCAUGUGCGGACUCAUCACGCUCGCCAUCCAUGCCACGGACGAAACCAACGCAUUCUUGUUCCAAACGCUGCUCUCUUCAACUCCAAGUUCGUGGGACUUUUUUGGGUGGAUCUACUUGCUCGAGUGGGCCACCGGCGCACGCGAAGUCGUGUCGUUCGAAGGCGACUGGCGCAUCCUACCGCUUGUGUCGGACAAGUACGAUCCGAUCAUCAACGAAGCGCGAGCGUUGGAAGUCCCGAAGAGCGCGUGCCAGUACCUGUGGGUCGUGUCCGUCGUCGUCAGCGUCGUGUUGUUGUCGGUCGGCACCCUCGUGACUCUGUACAGCAUGUACCUGCGCGGUCGCAUCGUCGGGCGCAACCUAUUUCGAUUCAACCGUAUCGUUGGCGCCGUGUGGCUCGGUCGACCGUUCCUCUUGGUGCGUGGGAUGACAGCGGUCGUUGUCCUGAGCACGUCGCCGUUGAUCUUUCGCGUCCACAACGAGUACACGCAGUUUGAGUUUGCUCCUCGGACGUUUGUCCAGAGCAUGUUGGUCAGCGGCGAAGCGAUGUGGAUUUCGUACGUCGUCAACGACUUUUUGCUGCUGCUGACGCGCAACUCGCAGCCGCACUUUGCUCCGAUCAGCACGUGCUUGGGGUGGCUCAUCUACCUCGUGUACGACGUGUCGAGUCCGUACAAAGUCGAGGCCAACAUCGACCGACGGUGCACCUUCACAAUGCGCUACAAGCAGCUCCUCUGUGAUAGUGGGUCGGUCGCCAUCGGCGACUACACUCGUGCGGUCACGUACGUCUUCAUUCAGUUGGCGUGCAUCGCAGGAGCGUUCGUCGCCGUCCGGCUCUGGCAGUGCAUCCGCCCUUCCCAGCCAAAGUCGUACAACGGCCACUUGUUGCUGUCGGGGACUGCGACCGCUUUCCUCCACAAGGAGACGCUCGCCAACGGGGCGUGGGUCGUUGAUCGAGCGUCCUGUGUCAUGUGCGGACUCAUCACGGUGGGCAAGUUCAUCUUCGACCUGAAGCUGUGGUUGUUGGUCGUGGAUGCCAACAUUGCCUCGCCAGUCAAGUGGGGCAUGAAGAUAUUUGCGCCGCCCGAGCUCACCAACGACCUCGCCAAGCGAUACGGCGACAAGCCAUCGUCCGACACUACCACGGCCAAGCCACCCGUGAAGCCGCCAAACCGGCUCAUGGUUGUCGUUGGGUUGGCCUAUGUGUUUUCUACCAUCUUCGGCAGUAUCACGUACCUGACUUUGACGGCGACAAACAUGGCGAAUGACUUUUGGUGGGCCAAUUUCAAUGCGUCGAGAGAGCAUGCCUACGUCACUCGUCUCUACAACCUGCAGCUCGUGCUUCAGCCUCACGGGGGCGAAGUCGCGUUGGACGAUGCCCAGUUUGUUGAUGCUGCGAACUACAGCAUUUCCUUAUCCAAGGCAGUGUCAGUGGCAGUGCCGCCGCUGUAUGUGUCGCAGGUACUGACCACGGACGCAACGGAGAUCGGUAUGGCCGUCCGCGGCCUGCGCCGCAUGGACGCGUGUCUUGCUCCGUGGAUAUCGGCCCAGUAUUGCUGGCUCGACUUUGGCAAGACGUGGGAAAUGGCCAACUCGGCCCAGCGCCAACGCCGAUGCAACCAAAAUUACACGACCAACGGCGCCGUGUACUUGGAGAGCGUGCUGCGCAAUGUCGACGCGGACCAGCUUGACUCUUGUUGGGGCACAUCUCUCGACAUUGCGUUCGCGACUCCGCUCCGCGCGACCGACAAAGGACGGCAGUGGUGGGUCACGACACGGUCUGCCGAUAUUCCAGUGGCGGACGAAGUGGCGUACUGGCAGUCGGCUGGCGUCGCCACGUACACCGUCAACUGGCAAAACUACAAAACUGUCGGGAUCAUCGACACGUUCAACAUCAAGAACGCAUUCGGGUUCGAGUACCCCAUGACCCUCAAGUACACGAACGGGUCGCUUCAGUUGACUGCGCAGACCAGUUUGAAGAUGCACUGGACGUUAGCGUCCGACUUGUGGGCUGUCACAAGUGCGUCGAGCCUGAUGGGCGGGGCCAGCUUGAUCCGCGGGACGCCGACGUUUGCGUUUGCUUCGCGAACGAUGGAGGACGUGCUCGUGCACAACGGCACCCUGCAGCAAAUCAACCUCGAACAAGGGGCAUAUGCCACCUUCCGACGCACGAUCGGGCCGUUUGGGUCGGUGGACCUCAAAUACGUGGUCCCUCCUCGCUCCUUGACGGCAUUUCUCUUGAACGUGCGGCAGACCAUCGCAAGGUUGAAUGUCGAAAACCCAGCGUUCAAUCCAGGCUACGUUGCAAUGGCAGCGUCGCUGAGUUUUGACUUUGCGCCAAGCACGUGGGUACGCCAAGGCUACAAGUAUGCAGUGGGGGGGAACCUGUUGUGUGGCGAAAUGGCGGCGCCGAUCGGGUUGCGGGGCGGCAUGGCGCUGUUUUCAGGCGCUGGGUCCGCUUGCAAUUCUCCCAUGGGUGAGUUCCUGUCGCCGAACACGAUGGGCCGAUUGGUAGCGACGGUUGGUGCCAACUUGAUCGAGGGCAACGUGUCGACCAACACGUCGACGGCCGUGUGCGACCCCAUGAAGGUUGCGUAUGCAAAAUGCGUGAAAGAAAUGAUCGAACAACCGCGCACGUUUCUUCUCAACGCGACGUACGUCGACCCGGCCGUGGUCGCGACGUGGACUGCCAUGGCCAAGACAGCUCAACGAGACGUCACCGACAUGAACGUCGUGAUAGCUCAAUUUGGCAUUCCCGAGUGGGAGUCCACCGACAUCGACCUCUUGACUCAAAACAUCUUCGACCCGUCGUUCCCGGCCUUCCACUACGUCGGGUGGAUCUUGGCCAUUGACUGGGCCACGUCCUACCGCGACGUGAUUUCGUUUCAAGGCGACCUGCGCACAGUCAAUGUCCUCACCACACCGUCGUGGGAUGUCGGGAGCCUCGUCAACCCAUUGGAGAUCCCCGUCAACGUAGCGUACUACAUCCGAUACGCGUGCUUAUACGUGACGUGUAUCAUCAUCUGCGUCGCGGUGCUCGCGAUCAUGUACCUCGUGGCGAACCGAGGGUACGUCGAAGGGCUGAACCUGUUCGAGUUGAAUCGAGUGGCCGGGAUCGUGUGGAUCGGACGCACGUUCCUGUUCAUUCGGAGUAUCGCGGCCAUCAGUUUGCUGAGCACGCAGGUGCUGGCGCUCGAACCGAUCCACGACAUGUGGCACUUUGUGUCGACGACGGCAUGUCGUGGCUCGUGUUUGUCCUGA